AACUCAGAAUUCUUUAAAACAUAAACGCUGUAGACUAUAACAUCAACUGCGUUUUUGUGAGAGAAAAAACCGCUACAUUAAAUCCAAUUUUAAACUGUAAAAUCUUAUUGAUUACCACAAAGAAAACCAAGCAACAAUGUUGUCGUCAAAGAUAGAACAACUCAUAGUAAUACUCGAAAAUCAGGAACUCGAUUCAACGAAUGGAGUGUCGCCACAGUUGUACGCCGAAUUGAUGGCCGCAUAUCUCUACAAAAAUGAUCUCUGUAGCGCACGAUUUUUGUGGAAACGAAUCCCGGCAAAUGUGAAAACAGGAAAUGUUGAAUUGGAAAAAAUUCACAGCGUUUACAUUUGCCUGUGGAACAAUGAUAUCCCCGGCUUCUUCAAAACCAUCAACCACGAAUGGUCCAACAACAUUGCCGAACUCAUGUUCGAACUUCGAGAAAAAACGUACAAGGAGACAAUUGAUUUGAUUGCCAAAGCGUAUACAUCAUUAUUUGAAGAUUUCUUAUGCAACAUGUUGAAUCAGACACCUGAUGUCAUAACCGAACUGUGCAACAACUUGGGAUGGGAAGUACAAGAAGGCAAUUAUCCACGUUUGAUCACACCACGUCGCCCGCCGGAGGUCAAAAGUAAUACCGAUUCAGCGGAAAAUCUACUGGCCAAAUUGACUGAUUUCGUUUCAUUUUUGGAGAAUUGAUUGGAGCAUUUUUGCAAAAAAAUAUCGCGAAAUUUAUGCUAAAUUAAUAUGACACAGUCCACAAUUAAUGUAAAAACCUAAAUACAAUCA